AUGCUUUUUCCAAAUAUCCCCGAUGAAGGCAAUUCCUUUGACGACUUCUUCAACGAGGAGAUGUACAGAUUGGACGGCAGUGAUGAGGAAAACAAGGCUCAUCCCGACCAAUUCGAAGCUCUUUUCGCCGACGCUUUCAGCCAGGAUGAAUACAAGCUCCCGACUCUUGAUGCUUCAGCGGCGAAGGUCGAGCAUUCACCUCCUCAACCAUGGCGCAAGGGCAUAUGGUGUUUGAAGCAGCGACAACAGCCUCCUAGGCUUGCAGUGGAGAAAACACGCAGAGCAGAGACAAAGCGGACAGAACAAAUGCAAACAAUGAACACCAUGGGCCACAACUUGCACCAUGCGCAAGGUCCCGUGUCGCCGCUGGAGCUUUCAUCGCCCAGCCGAACAAAGAGAUUCGUCACCUCGCCCGCUGCUGGAGCGUUUGACCCGACCACGUACGUUCGGCUUCCCUUCUCUCGCGAAACCACCUUGUCACCCAGCCCGAUGUAUGCGCAACUCCCAAUAUCGCCGCGCGCCGGUCAUGGCGAUACCAGCAAUUGGCAACAAGACUUUCAGAACUUCCACCUGCGCAUGCCUUAUGAACGUCCAUUGCAGCCACGCCCCGCCGUAAACAAGCAGAGCGAACAGGGUCGCCUCGCCCGCGACAUGAAUGCAGCUAUAAUGAACCAGAAUCACGUCGUUACCAGCCAAGGCUAUGGAUAUUUUGAUGAGUACAGAGGUCUAGGCCGUGCAGAAGCCAAUGCCAUUGAUCCAGCGCUGCUCAGCCCAGAGUAUGAAAGGCCACAACUCGACCAGCAGACUUAUGGAUCUGACACGUUCUUCCUGCACGACCAACAUGGCAUGCAGGGGCAAAACUCAAUGCCAUCACCAACCAGCACAAGCCUGCCAUCAUCGGGUAGCUCAACCCAUUCGCAGGGGGUUAGAACGCAUACCUCGAAUACAAACCUCAGCAUGCACUCAAAGGCUGUCUUUUCACCGCCCGCAAUGACUGCUCAUCCUCCGCUACCGACACUGGCACCAGAAGAGUCUUACCCUGCAUUGGCUGCUCCCACUCCGAAGCGGGUGCCUCAUCCGAUUCUGCACCAGCCGAAUGAUAACUCGCUGACAGGACUCGGAAUCCACUAUCCGGAGCUGGAGCAGAUGAGCCAAGCCGUGCUCUACGAGCCACAGGCCUAUCUUGCACCAGCGCCUGCCCCUAUUGGUGUUGCCUUGCCUUACCCGCCUGCAACCAUGGUGCCCAGUCCAAUGUAUUCUUAUCCACCUCUUCCACCGCCUCAAUCCCACCUCUUUCCCGACCUCUCUCCUUUCACCACACCUCGAAAACAACGACGGUCACCAUCCCGAUCACCGUCGCCGUCAGUGUCACCAACAAACGUCAGUCCCCGACGCAACCCUGCGCGAUCGCCAACCCGCAGCGUCACCGACUACAGCCACAGCCGACGGAAAUCGAUCCACAAGUCAGGGCCCAUCAAGGGCAGUGCCGCACAAGAUCCACUUCCAACGCCACGGACGAGAUCGUCAUCUCGACCUCCUCGGACGCCAAAAGCUCCCAAGACGCCUACCGGCGGAGGGGCGGUGAUUGACUUUGUGAACUUCACGCCUAAGGAUUCUGCAAAGUUGCUGAGCGACGUAGCACCUAGUGGAAGUUCCAAGACUAGGGCACGAAGAGAACAGGAAGCGAGGGAAAAGAGAAAGAAGCUAAGUGAGGCGGCACUGAAGGCGGUCAGAGUCGCGGGGGGAGAUGUGGCCGCAUUUGAAAAGGCGAUAUUCACGUAA